AUGAGUACACCAGAUGAUCCGGUAAUUCAUAGUCCGGGAUCGAUGCGUAACGGUCCAACAACAACACCGACGGCAGCAGCAAUCAUAUCAAAUUCCGGUGCAGAAAUUUUAUCGGGUGAAGGUGCAGUAACGACAGGUACGGGUACAAGUACUGGUGGUACUUUAGUUGAUGGAGCAGGAGCAACAGUAACAGCGGCUAAUACAGCAGCAGUGCGGUGUAACGGUGGUUCCGGUAUUACAGUAACGGUAGCUCCGGGUUCAUUGCCGGCAGUUGAUGCAGGCAAUCUUUUGCGAUUAUUGAAGGGAGGACUGUCCGGUGUGGGUUUGAAUAUGAUGGAUGAAUUAACAAUGAAUUCCGGUGCUGUACGUCAAAGUGCUUCAUCUAGUGGGUGCUGUUCGCCGAAUAUAGAAGCUGGCGCUGAUGAAGCUCGACGUCGUCAAAAAACGUGUCGUGUAUGUGGUGACCAUGCAACGGGUUAUAAUUUUAAUGUUAUUACAUGCGAAUCGUGUAAAGCUUUCUUCAGAAGGAAUGCCCUAAGACCUAAGGAAUUUAAAUGUCCUUAUUCGGAUGACUGUGAUAUCAAUUCGGUGGGUAUGAAAAAAGAAUGGAUUUUAAAUGAGGAACAAUUAAGAAGGCGGAAAAAUUCACGUUUGAAUCAUAUGCAACAACAGCAAAAUCGUAAUACAAAUGCUAAUAAUAGUGGUACAACCAAUGCAACAGCAACCAUUACAAAUACAUCCAAAAAAUUAUCAACGCCAAUGAAUAUUACUACCUCGAAUCAACUAAGCAAUACUACUUCAUCUUCGAGUACACCACCAAAUAUGUUCAGUGCAGCUCAGAUAAUCCAUCGCAGGGAGUCAGAUUCGACGCUUGUCAGUCCAUCCGUUGUUCAUACGAUGCUAAGUCCUACUAAUUCGACUGUUUCACCCUCAGUGCUAUCCUCCUCAUCACCUGAUUCCCCAACACAUAGUGCUCUCAUCGGUCUACCUCAGCUCGAUACCAGUAGCGAUGCCUACGAAUCAAAUUUGAUGCGCUUACAGCGACAACAAGCAGCUGUAGUUGCGGGUGCAGCCUAUGCAAAUUUACGACGGAAUGGAUGUGGUUCGGGAAUGUUACCACCGAAUUCAGCAUUAUCUUCAUUGGCCCGGGCCAGCGAUUCUUUCUCACCAAAAGGUACAGGUCCAGAACCACAUGUAACGAUGUCAAUGGAAGAAUACCAAGCAUUGGUAAAGGCAGCUAAGGCAGGUGGUGCAUUAGUACCUCCAGUUCCAUCAUCGAGCUCAGAUCCAUGUUCCAGCAUGUUGGAUAAUAUCAAACGAAAUGUUUAUUCACCAGUUGAGCAGGAUACAGCAAUGAACAUUGGAAACAACCAUGGUAUCAUACGACCAUCACUGAUUCAAUGCACUCCCAUCACAGAUUACACGGAACUGAGCGCUGCAGCAGCUAAUUUACCAAGUGCAACAUAUAAGUUAACGCCGGAUGCGGAAAAAAAAGUAAAGUAUAUGCACGAUACGAUACACGAUGAGCUGAAUACUGAUUCAUCAAAAUUGUGCACUGAACGUGAAACUUUAAAAGCUCGUGACUCUCGACUUAAUUAUCAACUUAAUUCAGCCGAACUUCGCGCACUGGAUAUCGUUCGAGAUGCAUUUGCAUGCAUGAAUGAGCCAAUCGAAGAUUCGCGGAAGGCAGCAUAUUUGAAGAAAGUUACUCAUGACCCCACCGAUAUCCUUAAUAUCAUUGACAUCACAAUGCGAAGAUUGGUUAAAAUGGCAAAAAAACUACCGGCAUUCAACGAUUUAUCGCAAGAUGGAAAGUUUGCACUUUUGAAAGGAGGAAUGGUAGAAAUGUUGACGAUGCGUGGUGUGACACGUUUUGAUAUGGAUCAAAAAUGUUGGCGGACACCAGUCGUUUCAGAUGACAGUAAAAUAUCAUUAGAAAUGUUUGACCAGUUGAAGGAGGGACUUCGCGAUCGCCAAAAAGAAGGAUUUUUGAAAUUUUGUGAAUCGUUGCAUCCCGAUCUUAGAAACAAUGAGCUUGCUAUUGAUUUAAUUGUUCUCAUUUUGUUGUUUGAUUCAAAUCGCGAUGCGCUUCUCGAUCCAGCUGAUCGUAUUACCGUUGUCCGGCAUUGUCAAGAGUAUCAGGCUCUUUUGCAUCGUUAUAUGGAAUCGAUGUAUGGUCAUGAAGCGCGGGCACGUUACGAACGUCUUCCGGAAUCGUUGAGGAUCUUACGAACAAUUAGUCAGAAUGCAAUUACCGUGUUCCUGGGACGUGUUGAUCCCAAUCAGUCCGAAGCACUUCCGAAAGAAUUCUUCAAAACUACUUAG